AUGAGACGGGCCAAUGAGGCUAUCCAGAGGGAGAGACACCCAAUACCAACGAUAGAUGAAGUACUUUUGAACAUGAAUCAGAGUACCGUGUUUUCCAAGUUAGAUUUAAAAUGGGGGUUCCAUCAAAUUGAAUUGGCUGAAGAAUCUAGAGGGAUUACGACCUUCACGACUCAUUGUGGUUUAUACCGUUAUAAGCGCCUUAUGUUUGGGAUAACAUCCGCCCCGGAGGUUUAUCAACAUAUUAUUCAGCAGAUCCUACAGGGAUGCGAGGGAGUUCAAAAUAUCGCGGACAAUAUUAUUGUUCAUGGUCCUACUGUUGAAGUGCAUGAUCGUAGAUUGAUUAAAGUCUUGGAGGUAUUACAGAAGAGGGGUCUCACCCUUAAUCCAGAAAAGUGCGAAUUCCGAAUACCCAAAAUAACAUUUAUGGGACAUUUUGUAUCUGAGAAAGGGAUUGGGCCCACUGAGGAGAAAGUCAGGGCUGUGGUGAAUGCUAGGGAGCCGAAAACAGCCUCUGAAGUUCGGAGUUUUCUUGGUCUGGUAAAUUUCUGUAGUCGGCUCAUUCCAGAUUUAGCUACAACGGCUGAACCCUUGCGAAAGUUAACCAGGACAACUACACCUUUUGUUUGGGGAAAUGAACAGGAUAAGGCGUUUCAAGAGCUUAAGAAUAAGAUGUCUACUGCUGAUUCUUUGGCUUAUUUUGAUAAGGAUGCAGAAACGUUGAUAAUCUCAGAUGCCAGUCCUGUGGGUCUGGGUGCAGUGCUUGUGCAAAAGCAACAAAAUGUAAUGAAAGUUGUGGCAUAUGCUAGUAGAUGUCUUUCUGACGUGGAAAGGCGGUAUUCUCAGACGGAGAAAGAAGCAUUAAGUAUAUAUCUUCCGGGUCCAGAAAACAUUGCGGACACAUUGUCUCGGUUGAUUCCAGUAAACUGUGAGUCGGGCGUAAAUGUAGCAGAAGAGUAUGUGACAUUCAUUGCAGAGAACGCAGUACCGAAUGCCAUGUCGAUUCAAGAGAUAGAAAAGGAGUCUGCGGUUGAUCAGGUCUUAUCCGUGGUCAGAGAAGCCAUCCUAAGUGGGAAUUUGAAGAAGCUGCCAAAAGAGUAUCGAAAUGUGGGAAAUGAAUUAACCGUUUUGGGGAAGUUAAUUCUUAGAGGUUCCAGGUUGGUUAUACCGAAAGUGUUGCGGAAUCGGGUCUUAGAUUUGGCACAUGAAGGCCAUCAGGGGAUAGUUAAAACUAAGCAGAGGAUCCGUUCUAUUAAAACUAAGCAGAGGAUCCGUUCUAAAGUUUGGUGGCCCAGAGUUGAUUGUGAAGUAGAAAGGAGAUGUAAAGUUUGCCAUGGGUGCCAGUUGGUUUCACAGAGUCCAUCUCCAGAACCUAUGAAGAGAACGGUGUUGCCGAAAGCACCCUGGCUGGACGUUGCUGCUGAUUUGUUGGGUCCAUUACCAGGAGGAGAAUAUCUGUUUGUUGUAGUUGACUAUUAUAGUCGAUACUUUGAAGUUGACAUUUUGAAGUCUAUUCUGUUUAGCAGCAUUAUAGAUAGUCUUGAUCGUAUGUUUGCGAUGCAUGGGAUUCCUGAAUCCAUGAAAACGGACAAUGGCCCACAAUUUGUUUCAGCACAAUUCAAGGAUUAUAUGAGAGCUAACAAUGUCAAGCAUGUUUUUUCCACUCCUUUGUGGCCCCAGGGAAAUGGUGAGGUUGAGAGACAAAAUCGUACUCUUCUAAAGUCAAUGAAGAUUGCUUGUGCAACUGGGGGAGAUUGGAAGAAAGAGCUGAAUAAAUUUUUGAUGGCGUACCGUAGUACUCCACAUACUGUCACAGGAGUAAGCCCAGCAAAGUUAAUGUUUGGAAGAGAGAUAAGAACUAAAGUUCCUUCUGUUAUGCAGGUGUUCCAACCGAAGUUGAAUGUCGAGCAAAGAGAUGCAAUGAUGAAAGAAAAGGGGAAAUUGUAUGGAGACCGUAGACGACUAGCGGCAGAUCGGAAUAUUGAGAUUGGUGACACAGUCCUUGUGAAAAAUUCGAAGCCGAAGAACAAGUUGUCGCCAGCAUUCAAAGAUGCGUUGUAUAAGGUAAAGGACAAGAUCGGAAACGAAGUUACAGUUGAGUCGGAAAAUGGAGUAACAUAUCGGAGAAAUUCUGCGCAUGUGAAGAGAUAUGAGAAUGAGGAGCAAACUAGUCAAGAUGAAGUAGCUGUUGAAGAAACCGAUCAAGAUGAAACAUUUGUUGAAGAAAUCGAGUCCAGCGGUCGUGACUGUGAAGUUUCGCCUCAAAACGGACAGCUAUCGCCUAGACCAAGAAGGCAGUGUCGGCCUCCUAAACGUUUUGAAUAUGUACAGAAUAUUCCAUUUGAAUGCCUGAAACUUCGUCGAGACUACCCAACAAUUAAAGCUGCUGCAAAAAAUGCAAAAGCUGUGCUACCAAAAGAACCAGACUUGCUUGUGGAAACAUACCUAAAUGGGAAACCACGUGAGAGGAAAGAGGAUGUUGUCUCGUGCAGACACAGUUGA